UCCGAGCUCCUCUUAAAGAUGCCGCCCACAUGGAUGAAAAACAAAAUUAGCUAGCAUAGCCACUGUACCGUUAAUGUUUACCAUUCGUCGAUUCUACUCGAGUAUUUAUCAGUGUGGUGCGAUUAUAACGGAUUACUCAUUUCCGGUUGUGAUGCAGCUGUAACUGUCAGUUAUCAUCUGAAGUGUGUGAAUUGGUAAACGGUGUACUGUGUUGGGGUAUAUGUAGGCUAGGAAGUAGCUAAGAGAGCUAACAGCAACUUGAGCCCACAACUGUUCCUGGAGUCCGUCUCCCUGAACUCUGUAUGCUCCCACUGCCAGGACUCAGCCAUGGAUAAGGCAGACUUUCUGAAAGGACUACCUGUCUACAACAAACACAACUUCAGCAGAUUCCAUGCGGACUCUGUGUGCAAGGCUUCGAACCGACGACCAUCGAUUUACAUCCCAACUCGCGAGUAUCCUUCUGAACAAAUUAUUGUCACGGAGAAAACAAAUAUCUUGCUACGAUAUCUUCAUCAGCAGUGGGAUAAAAAGCAGAAUGCAGGUAGGAAGCGGGACCCGGACCACGCAGAAGGGGAGAGCGCCGCGCCUCCUCGGAAGAUGGCCAGAACAGACAGCCAGGAGCUGAACAACGAUGCAACAUGAAACCACGUCCACCAAGAACAAAUACAUACAACUCUUUGCACACAUGGAGACAUAUUCUGUAGAUGACUCAAAUACAGAUUCAGGUAAUCGGGAAGCAAGCCAAAGCCCUGUCUCGGAGGGACACCGGUAAAGGUAGUAGGGCUGACCACUGUCAUCAAACAGAGAAUAUUCUCUUUAAAUGACACCAAGAAUGAUGAGGACUGAUUUAGUUUGAUUUUCUUUGUUUUGAAAGAUUUUCCAGUUUGAAGUGCUUUCGAGUUUUGGAUAGGUCUUUUUUGACCAAACCCAGAUUCACUUCAAUGUUGUGGUUUUAUGCAUGUUCAUUUUACCCUAAUCAAUCCAUUGUUAAAAGCUUCACAAUAUUGUACAAAGCAAUGUCUUCAUCUCCAUCAACAUUUCACUCCCAUUAGUGACUGCAAACGUUUUGAGAAGUUUAUAAUGUUUAUCCAUUCUUCCUUUUACUAAUACGAUUCAUUUCUUGUUUUGUGAUUUCAGAUAUGCAUGCGUUGUAUACAUUCAUAUUUCAGUGAAUUUGAGAUGCAUUAGAGAUCAGGAAUCCCCCUUAAAGCAUCCACUGCCUAACCAUGGCCUGUCCUAACCCCAACCAAACGUCACCUUUAAGUUGCUUAUUUUUAAGAAGGAAAAAAAAAGCUUUUAUUCAGACUAAAUUGGUAUCCAUUUAGACUCAGGAAGAAUGAUCUAUUGCGGUGGCCUUAAGUAGAAGUUUUCAGAGUUUUAAAGAAUAUGGGUGUUUUCCCCAUUGCUCACAUUGGGGAAGUUGAGGGAAUGCACAUACAGCUGGUCUUAGCUUGAAUAUUUUUUCCCUUCACUCAUUCAUGCUAACUAUAGCUGGACCAGAAAAAGUUAACACUUUUGUACCAUUUGGACAGCAGGAUUUUGUAGCAUUAUUCCAUAUGAUGUAGAGGACUUCAGAAUCCAAUCAGCACUGCAUUUGUUUAUAAAAGUAUCUCAUAAAAGUCUUCGACUAACCAAGCUCUCUUUACAAAUAGAUUCAGUUUUCUCUAGUGGGUUCACCGGACUGAUAACUUGGUAUAUUACAAAUAUUUUGGUAAGCAACUACUUGCUAUUGUUAAAGGUUAUUUUUAUUUGUGCCGUUUGCUGUUAAGUGGGAAAUGUGUUUGAAAUAACAUAGUGGACUUUUUGCUGCUACUUGUAAAGUAUUUUUUAUUUUAUGGUUGUAUAUUUGUAAAUGAUGUAUAGUUCAAUCUGGUCCAGCGUUCUCUGUCAGACUCUGAGCUUAUCAGGGGGUCACUUCUACAGGGGCUCAUGAAGCGAGAGGCGGAUGAAGUAUAAAAAUAAUAAAGGUUUGACACUAUUGCAUGUU